AUGCUUUGCGAGAUCUGCGUCUGGAUGUUGCGAGGGCGUCGUGGGCAAAUUUUUGGGGGCACACUGGGCCUUCAUUUCGUCCAUCAUGAUUCGGCAGAGUCUUUCUGGACAUCGGUCUCUAGAGACUGCUCAAUCUGUCGCGUGCUGGGAGACGAACUCGGGGCCAGCUUCUUCCCAGCACUGCAGGGCACAUACUUGACCCGCGACCGGGCCUUUCUGGAUCUACGCAGCCAAGCACAUUUGGAUGUGGUGAAGUCACUAUCUGACGAAGCUAAAGGCGUCUACGUGUACCGCCUCGACUUCACGGUGGAAUGGGCAGGAAUCAAGUUCAGCCGGACUUUUGUGCUCAGGCCGACGGGCUUUCAGGAAUUGCAACCGAGGACGCCGAUUUCCGACCACAUGUACCAUGCUGAAGUCUUGGGACUUGCCAAGACAUGGCUUAAGAAGUGCAAAUGCGUUGAACACCAGAGCUUGAGACAAGAGCAGUAUCCGACUCGUCUGAUCAACUUGGCCGAGUUGAAGAAGCUGGGCACAAUUGACUUGGAUGAGUGGAAAUACCACGGGGCCCCGGGACUGAGCGAGCUGCAAAAUACAAAUGUCAACCUGGUCGAAACAAAAGAUCUGGACGAAUGGAAACUGAAAGGCAAAAACUACGUGACACUCAGUCACAAAUGGGGUGGCACAGAUAAGCCGGUCAGACUGACGAAGGAGACACAGGAGACAUACCAACGAGGUGUGAAGUUGGGAAGCCUGCCUAAAACUUUUCAAGACGCCAUCCGCUUCGCCCUUCGGGUGGAUGAUAGUAUUCAUUACAUCUGGAUUGACUCCCUAUGCAUUAUCCAGGGCGACCCUGACGACUGGCUCAAAGAAUCAGCCCUCAUGCAGAGAGUCUACCGCAAUUCAUUCCUGAACAUCUCAGCGACAGCCGCGGAAAACAGUGGUGAAGGUCUGUACUCAGAGCGGUACCCACAGCACUUGUGGGAAGACGUGGUAAGCCUGGAUGUUGAUGGCCUUCAUAAAGGCACGCCCCUUCCACUUCGGGCUCAGUCAGGCUUCCCACCCAAGUCCGCCGCCACAGACAGCGCGUCAUUGGAUGUGGAGUUCACUCAUUUGGCCAAAGUAAGAAGUUGUCUGUUGUUGGACGUUUCGAACUGGGAAAAACUGGUGAACCAGGCCCCGGUUAACAAGCGAGGCUGGGUUGUCCAGGAGCGACUAUUGGCACCCAGAGUGCUGCACUUUUGUCGCGGCCGCAUCGCCUGGGAAUGCGCAGAGUUUGAUGAAAUUGAGGGACACUAUCCAAACAUACCGAACUACCAACUCGUUGGUGACGAAAUCUACGAAGGCAUCCCCAUCAAGGGACUGGAGCCAGAAGAACAUGGCCAAAAGCUGAGGAAAAAUAGACUUCGUGGAGGACCCGAUCCUCUCUUGGGCGACAGGGACAAUUUGAAGGUCUCUCCAAUUGUUCACUCACUUGAGUUGUGGGCUCGCAUCGUCGAGAUGUAUUCCAGGACUGACUUGACCCAAAAGAAGGACAAACUCAUUGCUCUAUCGGGAAUAGCUCAUAGCAUGGCCGCCAUCAUCGAGACAUCGCGGAAAGCCAAGUAUGUAGCGGGACUGUGGGACGCGGGCGAGCAUCUUGUCAGUCAGCUCCUCUGGCAUGUCGAACCGGUCUGUCGUGGUGAUACCGAGUCUGGAACCAGCACACUUGAGUAUCCGUCGAAGCGUCCAAAAGAAUACAGGGCGCCAAGCUUUUCUUGGGCAUCAAUAGAUGCCCAGUAUGGGAACGGAAUCACUUGUGGCGAUGUUGUCAACCCUGAAGGGAUUCUCGUCAAAGUCCCGCAGGACGACGCUAUUACCGAUUCUGAGAUGAACACCCAUGUCUGGGGAAAGAGCGUGUUUGUACAGUGCAAGACGGAGAACGAGUUCGGCCUGGUCACAGGAGGGCACAUCCGGCUGGAGGCCUACUUGUACCCGGCGAAGUUACAACGGGAGGGAACGCACUACCACUGGUCCUUGGGUGCGGGCAAUGGCGCGAGCGACGAGGUCAGCAAAGAAAAGCACUACAACGUUUGCCUCGACUGCCCUGGCGAUGACGACCAACAGAGCCGGCUCACCAAGUCCGACGAGAUCCACUGCAUGCCGGUGGCGCUUAAGUUGUCGACGAAGUCCACUGACCUCGUAUGCCUCCUCUUGGAGCGCGUCCCCGAAAACGUUCAGACAAAGACGUGGCCAGAGAAUUGCCGGGAGCGCAGCUUCAGGCGCAUCGGCUUUUCAAAGCUAUCACUUACAUUUGAUCAUUUGACGUUGAGACAUAUUGCGGAGGACAUUGGACAACCAAGUGCAAGUGGCAACGAAGAAAAGGGGAAACAAAUUGUGUACAUAAUUUGA